CCCUUUCCCCUCAUGUGACCGGCGGCCGCGCGCUGGGUGCGGGAGCCCCCGAUUGCCCCAAAUCCCCCGCCCCUCCCGCAGAAUUUGGGGAUCCCCCCGACCCCCCCCAACCAUGGAGGAGGUGGACAAGAUCCUGAUCCACUCCCUGCGCCAGGCGGGGACGGCGGUGCCCCCCGAGGUGCAGAGCGUGCGGGACCUGACCCCCGAGCUGGUGGUGGAGGCGGCCGUUCGGUGUCUCCGGGCCGUGCGCCCCGCGCUGGGCGCCCCCCUGAGCCCCCUCCUGCCCCCCGGCAUCUCCGCSCGCUUCCGACUCGCCUCCGACCUGGCCGCGGCCUGCCAGGAGCUGGGGUUUGGGGGUGACGUGGGGUACCAGACGUUCCUGUACAGCUCCGAGCACGACACCCGGCGCCUGCUCCUCUUCCUCGUGGAGAAGCUGCCGCGGGACGAGGGCGAGCGCGGGGCUGAGCCCCCCGGGAAAUCGGGGGCGCUGCUCCGAGCCAUCGGYGCCCAGAUCCGGGAGCAGCUGGGGACGCCCUGGGUGCCCCCCGUGUGCCGCACGGCCCGGCUGCAGCGGCUGCAGGGCACAAGUCACCUCCACUCUUUCGCUACCUGUCCCCUGGUCCUGCCCCAGAGUGGGGGAUCCCCAGCCCUGCAGGUGGCGGAGCUYGAGGCGCUGCCCCGCGACGUCUCCCGCGCAGUUUACACCCAGCGCAUCCUGGAGAUCGUGGGCAACAUCCGCAAGCAGAAGGAGGAGAUCGGGAAGAUCCUGGAGGACACGCGGGCGCUGCAGAAGGAGAUCAACGCUCUGGUGGGGAAACUGGAGAGGACCUUCAGCGUCACCGACGAGCUGCUCUUCAAGGACGCCAAGCGGGAUGAGGUGGUGAGAAAAGCCUACAAGUACCUGGCGGCUCUCCACGAGAACUGUGCCCAGCUGAUCCGGACCAUCGAGGACACCGGGACCAUCCAGAGGGAGAUCCGGGACCUGGAGGAGCAGGUGGGGGUUUGGGGGCUUUGUUUGGGGACACUGUGA